AGCGCGGAGCCGGGGCCGCUGCGGCUGUGAGGGGAGCGCGCCUGUCCCGCCUUCCCGGCGGAUCCCGGGGCGAGGCUGGCGGCUGCUGCACCUUGGCCUGAGCUCCCGACCCUUGGCCUGAGCUCCUGACCUUCGGCCUGAGCCCCUGGCAGCCGCUCUGUGCCACCCGAACCCGGCUGGGAGAUGUGCGUGGGCAUCUCCGCGCAGGAGGGAAGCAAAUGGAUCCCCUGCCCAAUCCCGCCCCCCUGGCCUCGAAGCUGCGGAACACGCUGGUUCGGUACCACAGCAUCGGAGACGGCGAGUGGCGGGUGGCAAAGAAAACCAAAGAUGCAACUGUGUGGCGUAAACCAUCAGAGGAAUUCAGUGGAUACCUCUACAAAGCUCAAGGAGUGGUGGAAGAUGUUACUAACAGAAUUGUGGAUCAUAUUCGCCCUGGACCUUACAGGCUAGACUGGGACAGCCUAAUGACUUCAAUGGACAUCAUGGAAACAUUUGAAGCGAACUGCUGUGUGAUGCGCUAUACAACUGCUGGCCAGCUCUGGAACAUCAUAGCACCAAGGGAGUUUGUUGAUUUCUCUUACACUACAAGCUAUGAAGAUGGGCUUCUAACAUGUGGUAUAAGCCUGGACUAUGGAGAGGCGAGACCAAACUUUGUCCGUGGAUUCAAUCACCCUUGUGGUUGGUUCUGCAUCCCUCUCAAGGACGCUCCUGGCCAAAGUCUUUUGACAGGUUACAUCCAGACUGAACUGCGAGGGAUGCUACCACAGUCUGCAGUAGACACUGCCAUGUCUAGUACCCUGGCCAAUUUCUACUCUGACCUCAAAAAGGCACUCAAAGCGUAGACAAACAGUGACUUAAAAGCCAGUGCAUUCCUUGCAAUCAGAUUAUGUUGUUUAGCUUAGCAUAGGUUACCUACUAAAUUGAGGUAACACUCUUCCUGAAUGACACCCGAACCUUUGUGUUGAGGAUCCAAACAACUUUAGCAAGUACUUUUUGAUGUGAUAAUUGGCAUACGUUCCCAGUGCACAGUGCGAGAUGCUUUUUGCUUUUCAGCAAUCUGCAGCUUUGUGAGGAAUAGCCUGACUCUCUAAACUGCCAGCUUCCUCAGUAGAAAGCAAAAGAUGUGUGUGUGGGCUUGAAAAAUGCAGCGUGAACUCCGCUCUCUCCAGCAGUUUUGGGAGCCAGGUGCUCAGGAUUUUGAUGGUGCAGGUUGCUGUACAGGCAGCAUCUCAUUGAAGAUGUAAUUUUGUAAUAUAUAUAUAUAUAUAUAUAUUUAUAUUUACCUAAUUUUUUAUUUAUUUUUUAAAGUUUGUUCAGCUGCAUCUGUAAUUUGUUUUUAAAAUUUGCUUUGAUUUAUCAUAUGGAUAUUAUAUAGCCAGUUGUUAAAUGAUACUAUUCAUAAGAAAGGUAUUCGUACUUGAGAGCAAAAAUAAGUGUUCAUUAUUGGCAUUU